AUGCGUAAACUUAAAAGCUUGGCGGACAGAAGCUCCGAGUCUUGGCGCCGUUCUGUGUCGGACAACGGUAACAUCAUCAGCUUUCGCCAUUCCAAUCUUUCCGUCCAUCACCAUCCUCCACUUCGACACCUUGUCAAUCCACCCACCAACCUCUAUCCUAAAAUGUUGUCUUUGCGCACUCUUGCUCGGUCUGUGCCUCGCACUGCCUUGCGCUCUCUCGCCAUCUCCUCUCGCUCUGCUGUCUCCCGACCUGUGUCAACAGUCCCUAAGAAUACUUUUCUCCAGUCCUCGUUGAAGCAGGCCACGAGGCCCUCUUAUGCUACUUUCUCGACCUCCCAGGCUUUUAAGCAGAAUGCCGAUGGCGACGUCGAACUUGUUGCGAAACUUGAAGAUGAACUGAAACAUGAGAAAGCUUCCGGCCUCACAGACUUGGAAUCGUCUGUCCAGAACAUCCAAUAUGUUCUCCAGAAUAACUCUUGGGAGGUCAAGGAUGUCCCUGGCGAGCAGGAAGUUGUGCUGAUGAAAAAGUUUGGCAAGGAAGAGAUCCGGCUUACCUUCACCGUCGCCGAUCUCCAGAACCUGUCCGAACAGGAUGAAUUCGAUGAUGCUGCCCUGGGCGAUGAGAUGGACUUCCAGUCUGGUCAUCAGGCUGCUAACCGAGGGGCCUCUGGCAACGUGGCCCAGAACCCCGAAGACAGCGUUUCUACUGCGGGUCAUGAAGACUUGGAGCGUGAUCUGGAGCCCAGCUUCCCGGCUCGUGUCAACGUCACCAUCGAGAAGCCCAGCAAUGGUGCUCUUUUAAUCCAGACUCUUGUUCAGGAUGGUAUUUUCCAGGUUGAAGAGGUUUCGUACUUCUCUAAGCCCGAUUUGGCCCAUGCUCAGACUGCAGAGAAGGACUGGGCGAGACAGAGCCUGUACGCCGGCCCUCCUUUCGAGAACCUGGACGAGGAUCUGCAAACUUUCAUGGAGCGUUACCUUGAGGAGCGGGGAAUUAAUGCCGAGCUUGCCAACAUGAUCCCCGAUUAUAUUCAGGUCAAGGAGCAGAAGGAAUACGUUCGCUGGCUCGAGAAUGUCAAGAACUUCGUUGCUGCCUAG